GCGGCACCGCACUCACUGGAGUCGUCAGUCGGCUAUCGCUGUCAGCCGCCGUCACUACACCGCACAUUGCUGCGGUACCACGCGACCGUGUAUUUCCGUGUCUAAACCAAACUUCCUGAAACUCCUGGCAAACAUUCGUCACCAACGACAGAGGAAGGGAUACUCUCCCAAAUGGGUAUCCCAAACAUUAUUAAGUUUUUACUAGUCUUUAACAUUUUAUUUUUCGCCGCCGGCGAUCCUUGUCCUGCGAGAUGCCAGUGUGUCAAAACCGCAGUCCGCUGUUUAAACCAGGAAUUAACAGACAUCCCGAAAUCGCCGCCGACCGGUACCCAUACUUUGGACCUGCGCUUCAACAAGAUCUAUGAAAUAAUCCCUGGCGGCUUCAGUCACCUUCACCACCUGCGCUCACUUCUCCUCAACGACAACAAGCUGCAGGCGAUUCGCUCCGGCGCUUUCCAUGGCUUGUUACGCCUCAAGUAUCUUUACUUGUACCGCAACAGGAUCAGUCACAUUGAAUCAGAUGUAUUUCACGGCAUGGAGCAUCUUGAGCAGUUGUACCUUCACGUGAACGAGAUACACCAAAUAGAACCAGAAACGUUUUCUAAUUUACCGCGACUCGAACGACUAUAUUUACACAACAACCUAUUAAAGCGUAUACCGCCAGGUUCUUUCCGUGGUAUGCCACGCCUCACGAAGCUGCGCCUGGAUAGCAAUGCACUCAUUUGCGACUGCGCUAUGUUGUGGUUCGUGCACAUGCUAGCUGAACAUACUGAGAUGAAAGUCGUUGCCACUUGCUACGGCCCCGAACCAAUGACUGGCGUUUCACUUGCAUCUAUGAAGGAACAUAAUUUGCAUUGCCGACAUCCUGAAAUCGCAAUAGGUCCAGAAGAUGUCAUUGUCAAUUUUGGCGAAGAUGCAAAAUUCACAUGCAUAGCUACAGGUGAACCUGCUCCAGAAGUGGUAUGGUUGCGUGAUUCCGCUAUGUUGACGGUUGAUAAGGAAUCACAUUACGAAGUAAUGAGUAAUGGCACUCUUAUGAUACACAAAGCCGAUGAAAAAGAUAUGGGAAUAUUUGAGUGCAUGGCCAGGAAUCCUGCAGGAAAAGUUCGCUCUAGACCAGCUAGAAUGAUGUUACACAGUCCUGUUGUGGAAAGUGGACGUCCUAUGUUCAGUGUAUUACCACGAAAUCAAUUUGCUGGACUGAGUCAGCCAUUCGUCAGUUUCGACUGUGUAGCGCAAGGCAACCCCAGACCUCAUCUUGCUUGGCUUUUCAACAGCGAAAAAAUAUUGCUCAAUGAGCGCGUAUCAUUAAAACACAAUGGCACCAUAUUCAUAGAAGACAUACAACCUAAAGACGCUGGCCAAUACACUUGCCAAGCAGAAAAUAUAAACGGUGUCAUUACUGCGACAGCGUUUUUGGAAGUUAUGCUACCGCCUACAUUUUUCAUUGUUCCUGACGACGUAGACGCUGUUGUUGGAGAUACGGUGGCUAUGCAGUGUAGUGCAAGAGGAAUUCCCAAACCUAAGCUUUCAUGGUUCAAAAAUAGGAUGCCCAUCCCUGUUAGUAAAAAUAUCGCUGUAAGCGACGAUAAUAAAAAAUUAACCAUUUUUGAAGUUAACAUAGAUGACGCGGGUACAUAUCAUUGUAGAGCCGAAAAUACUGAAGGACUGACAGAAAUAUCUGCUACUCUCAAUGUUGAAGAUAUUUCGAUGGUUGCCCCGCGUAUAGUAACAAAGCCUGAGGACACGGAUGCCUUCAAAGGAACUUCUGUAGCAUUGCCCUGUGAGGUGGAAAGUCAAUUGCCAGCGGAGAUUCAAUGGAGAAAAGACGGGACUCGUGUUACACCUGAUGAUAGGAUGUCCAUAUCUCUCAUCGGUAGUUUACUUAUAAACAAUGUGACUCUUCGAGAGACAGGGCGAUAUGAAUGUUCUGUAUCCAACAAAUACGGGCGCGAUACGGCAUCAGUUUUUUUAACUGUGAAAGAUCAUUUAUUGCCCGGAGAUGAAUAUGUCAAUAUUGCCCUGACAGAGGCUACGCGCGAUGUCGAUCAAGCGAUUGCCAGAACCGUAGAGCAGUUGUUUAACAACAAAAGUACACCCGAUAUACAUGAUUUAUUUAGAAUAGCGAGGUUUCCCAACUUUGCAGCUAGAAAUAUCGCUCGUGCUGCUGAAAUAUAUGAACGGACAUUAGAUAAAGUAAAACAAUUUGUGGAAUCAGGAUUGAAAGUAAACAUUACUGAAUCCUUUAACUAUCAUCACGUGUUAUCUGCACAGCAUUUGCAAUUAAUCGCACAACUGUCUGGGUGCGUUGCACAUCGCGAAGAUAUGAACUGCUCUGACAUGUGUUAUCAUAUAAAGUAUCGCAGUAUUGAUGGCAGAUGUAACAACUUUGCACAUCCUAUGUGGGGAGCAUCACUGACGGGGUUCCGAAGAAUUCUUUAUCCCAUUUAUGAAAAUGGAUUUAGUCAUCCUGUAGGAUGGAACAAAAACAUAAAGUACAAUGGAUUUAUUCUACCCAGUGCUAGAUUAGUAUCAACUGAAAUUAUCAGCACAAAUGAAAUAACCGAAGACAAUAAAAUAACCCACAUGGUAAUGCAAUGGGGGCAGUGGCUAGAUCACGACUUAGAUCAUGCCUUACCUCCUGUGAGCAUUCAAAGUUGGGAUGGUGUUGAUUGUAAGAAAACGUGUGUCUACGCAGCCCCUUGCUUCCCUAUCGAUGUACCCGUAAAUGACCCUCGAAUAACAAAUCGACGCUGUAUUGAUUUUCUGCGAACGAGCGCAGUUUGCGGCUCGGGCAUGACUUCGGUGCUAUUUGGAACUCUACAGCCAAGGGAGCAGAUUAAUCAACUGACUUCUUUUAUUGAUGCAUCCCAGGUUUAUGGUUUCGAAAAGACAGUAGCUGAGGAUUUGCGGGAUUUAACAAACGACAAUGGCUUAUUACGAGUUGGUGCUGUAUUUCCCGGAAGGAAACCAUUAUUGCCUACAGUAGGAAUUAACGGUAUGGACUGUAGAAGAAACCUAGAGGAAAGCAACCGGAACUGUUUCGUUGCCGGUGAUAUAAGAGCAAAUGAACAAGUUGGACUCGCGGCCAUGCAUACUAUUUGGAUGAGAGAACACAAUCGAAUUGCUAGCUUUUUGAAAUCUUUGAAUCCAUUUUGGGAUGGUGAUAAAGUAUACCAAGAGGCAAGAAAAAUUGUUGGUGCUGAAAUGCAGGUUAUUACUUACGACCACUGGUUACCUAUUGUUUUAGGGUCUAACGUACACCGCGACUUAGGAAAAUACAAAGGCUAUAAUCCUGAUCUAAAUCCUUCAAUUUCUAAUGUUUUUGCGACAGCUGCUUUAAGAUUUGGGCACACUUUGAUCAAUCCGGUACUGCAGCGAUUCGAUGAAAAUUUCGAUCCAAUAAUAGAGGGUAACUUGUCAUUGCGCAAUGCAUUUUUCGCGCCAUGGAGAUUGGUUGAUGAAGGCGGCGUAGAUCCGUUAAUGAGAGGUAUGUUUAUUACACCUGCAAAACUGAAAACUUCUACUCAAAAUCUCAAUUCGGAAUUAACUGAGCAAUUAUUCUAUAACGCACAUGCGGUCGCUCUCGAUCUGGCUGCUAUUAACAUUCAAAGAGGUCGUGACCAUGCGCUUCCGCCGUACACCAAAUGGAGGGAAUACUGUAAAAUGUCAGAUGUUAAUACAUUUGAUGAUUUGGCUAACGAAAUUUCUAAUCCAGAAGUUAGAGAAAGACUGAAAGAGUUAUAUGGAUCUGUACAUAAUAUUGAUGUAUUCGUGGGUGGAAUACUGGAAGAUCAAGUAGAAGGGGGGAAAGUGGGACCUUUAUUCAGAUGUCUCUUACUAGAACAAUUCGGAAGACUAAGAGAUGGAGACAGAUUUUGGUAUGAAAAUCUAGCAAUCUUUAAAGCAGAUCAACUUCGUCAACUAAAAAGAACUAGUUUGGCUCGCGUUCUAUGCGAUAACGGCGAUAAUAUUGACACUAUCGGAGAAAAUGUAUUUUUGCUACCAGAGGUACAAGAUGGACUAAUUUCUUGCGAAGAUUUGCCUUCUAUGGAUCUACGAUACUGGGCAGACUGCGCUUCAUGUGAUGGUAACGACAAUGAGAGACCGGCACGUGUUCGUCGAAGUGCCGAUUAUGAAAAUGUUAAUUUCGAGGAAGACAAUCGUUUCAAUAACCUGGAAGACUCGCACAAUGAUUUGGAGAAGACUGUGGAUAUGCUAAGGAAGAGAAUUGAAUAUCUUGAAGAAAACUGCCAUAGCGGCUACGAAGAUUUCUAAGCUCUUCUAUUAACAUUCAUGUAUUAGAUAUUAAAAAUAAGUCAUUGAAAAUGUUAUUCUAUUUAAUUAGUUGAUAAGGUUUUGUCCACGUGGUCCAAUUAAGAUACCUAACUUGUAUAUUUUACUUAAGUUGAAUGUUUCAUUUUCCAAAAAAAAUAUGUAAAGAAAUUCUUGAAAUUUGUGUUGUAGUACCUACUUAAAUACUUAUUUUUAUCACAAAAAUCUAGUCUAACGAAAUAUUGUUAAUUUUAAAAACAAACAUACUUAAAUAGAUCCAUAGUAAUUGAUUUAAGCUUGUUGGUAACAUUUUUUUAUGUAGGUACACAUAAUUUAAACAAUUUAAAUUAUUUUAAAACACCUCACCUUUUCAUUUAAUUUAAAAUUUACUUUAAUUUAAAUUCCUUGACCACGAUUUAUAUAUAAAUCAAAUAGCGUAUGUAUGUAUUUAAGUUCAACGCUACGCAUAAUCCGAAUGCAUGUGUAUUGUUAGGCGUAUUGGGAGAGAGUACCAAAAUCAACUGUAAACAAAGGUAUUGACAACUUCAUAAACUGAUUUUUGCUCACUCAUUGAAAUAUUAGCUCCCAAACCUAAUGUCACCAAACACAUAUUAAUGCAUACUAGUCUUAUAUUCCAUUAAUAACAAUACAUAUUUA